UGUUACUAUUACCCCCUGCCAGACCUGCCCAUAUCGCAGGACAACAGGACCAUUCCAUGGGGUGAACCAACGAUCACGUAUCCAAACGGUACAACGUGUUGCUCGACUCUCGAUCAGGUGCGGGACGAGUUGGACACGAUAGACUCACAACUACUGCAACUGUUGUCUGAGAGGUCUGCGUACGUCCGGGAAGCCGCUCGCUUCAAGGCCACAGAAGAAAGCGUAAACGACCCCUCCCGAAGUCAGCAGGUUAUCCAAGAUGCUAUUGAUGCUGCGCCUUCCGUUCACUUGCCUCAAAUAGUGGCAAAGAUGGUCUUCGAGGGCAUCAUCAACUCUAGCGUGCCGUUUGAGGAGUGUAUCGUG